GCGGAGAGCGCGCGGUCACAUGUAGUGCGUCCAACGGCAGCAGGACAAGAAGAAGAAGGAAGCGACAGUCAGUCUGUUAACAGUGCCGGUGUCUGGAAAGCACCGACUCCCCACCAGCUUCUCCGGUUCCAGUCGCCGAUCGGUGCGCUCUACAUAUGGUUCUCCUCCGGCACAUCUCCAUCGCCCUGACCGCCGCCGUGGCUGCCCUGGGCUCUGCUCUCUUCAUCGCCUUGAACUUCUUCUACAAGAGGCGAAUAUGGUCACCACAGGCGGAAUACUGCACGAUCAAAGAGGAGGAGGAGGAGCGUGGGAAGCGCCAGGUCCUCGUCCUCGGUCUGGAUGGGGCCGGGAAGAGCAGCAUGUUGCAGGGUUUGACCCCCGGGGAGUCGGUGGCUAAAAGAGGCCGCUGCCGGCCCACCCGUGGCUUCAACUUUAUGAGCCUCAACGCCCCCGCCUGUCAGCUCGACUUCCUAGAGAUCGGUGGCGGGGAGGACUUACGGCGGUACUGGUCGGACUACCUGAGAAGGACUCACGUUCUGGUGUAUGUGGUUGACUCCGCUGACAGAGGCCGCCUCCCACUGGCUAAGGCUGAACUGCACCGCCUGCUGCGGGUGGAGCCACAGCUGCCUGUGGUCGUCCUGGGAAACAAGCAGGAUAAGCCAAAUGCAGUGAGCGUGUCAGAGCUGCAUGAAGCCUUGUCUCUGGGCUCCGUGACUGAGGACAGGAAGCUGUUCCUCUUGGCUGCCCAGCUGGGCUCUGAUGGAGCCCUGAGGAACUCCUGCCGGGGCCUGGACACCUUCCAGGACCUCCUGCUCCAGCUCGUCUGAUCUCAUCCCCGUCUCACAGAGCAAAGGAGGGAUGAAAACAAAGGGAUGGCUUAAAGCGAUCUUCCUCCUCCUCCUCUUCCUCUGCCUUGUUUAAAGCUCUUGCUUUAUUUGAGGCAGAGGAGGAGAAGAUGGUGAAGGCUGUGGGGAAGUGAGGCGGAGAAAUUACUGAGGAAGAGAUUGAGAGGAUGCCAAGACUGAGCGCAAAGCCUUGCCGUAUCUCCUCCUCGCCCCUUUUCAAAGCACGUCAGUUGGUGUUAGAAAAUCCAUCAGCUCAUCUCAUCAUACAGUUUUCCUCUGACUGCACUUGUCUUACUCACCGUAGAGGAGGAGGAGGAGGAGGUGAAGAGCGAGGAGGACGAGGACAGCAGGUGGGACAGAAGGAUGAAAGUUUGAUCAUGGAGUCUGUGACUCAGAACCACAAAAGUUCACCUCCUGCCAGUGAUUCAGACUUUGGACUUCUAGUCUGAAUGUCAACCUGUUACAGGUUUAUUUAAGCACGUAGAUUAUAAACCGUAUAUAAACUGAAAUAUGUCAAGUCUGUAGAUGCAUUUACAGAUUUCUUCGGAUUUGCGGUUUUCUGAAAACCUUUUGCGCGUGACCAGAGUAGUCAGCAGAGGAGAACAGGUAAUAUUCACGGUUGCCAGGUUUUGAGCCUGCGGGGGAAUAAUGCGGCACCAGCUCUGUGAAUUCAGCAACUGGUUGUUUGGAAGAUACUCGCCGACUCCUACACCUGCUGCUCCUCUCAUCCUCCUGCCUGUGACCCGGGAAUCAAUUUCGUUGUGCCAUCUUGAAGGAUAUCUCAACUCCUAAAAUGCAUCUUGAGGAGGGGGAAGCAUGAGUGAGGAGGUGUAUCUUUUUGGCGGCUGUAAUGUAUAAAA